AUGACGCACAAGCAUUGCUACCACUUGCUCUCUCUCUUAUUCAGACACCACAACAGACCAGCCAUUCAACAAAUCCACACUCAACUAAUCACCACCAACUUACUCUCACGUCUAUCCACCACAACCCCAAUCUUGACAAUCUUUAACACUCUGCUCCGCCGCUAUUCACUUAGUCACGUCCCUGAAGAAGCUCUCUUACUCUUCAAACACAUCCAGCACCAACACCAAAACCAACACCAAACCAUCUCUUUUGAUAGCUUCACUUACUCUUUCCUUAUAAAAGCCUGCGCUAAUGUACAGCGACCCAGAAUAGGUAUUCAACUCCAUGGUCUCACUAUCAAAGCAGGUUUUGAGUUCCACGUUUACGUGCAAACUGCUUUGGUUAACAUGUAUGCUGAUUGUGGGUAUUUGGUGCAAGCUCAGAAAAUGUUUGAUGAAAUGCCUGACAGAAACUCGGUGACAUGGAACGUUUUGAUUACGGGUUUCAUAAAGUGGGGUGAGCUUGGUGUUGCUCAAUAUCUCUUUGAUGUGAUGCUAAUAAAGAAUGUGGUUUCAUGGACCGGUCUUAUUGUUGGGUACACGAGGAUGAACCACUAUAAUGGGGCUUUGGCCUUGUUUCGGAGAAUGGUUGUGAAUGAGGGAAUUAAACCAACAGAAGUAACUAUUCUUGCUGUUUUUCCGGCUAUUUGGAAUCUUAGGCGUCUUGAAUCUUGCCAAAUUAUCCAUUCUUAUGGAGACAAAAGUGGAUUUAAUGCGUCUGAUAUUCGUGUUAUGAAUUCUCUUAUUGAUGCAUAUGCAAAAUGUGGGAGCGAUAUAUCUGAUGAGAGGAGCAACGUGGUGUCGUGGACGUCAAUAAUAUCUGGGUUUGCAAUGCAUGGAAUGGGAAAAGAAGCUGCGGAUAGUUUUAAAAGAAUGGAAAAUGCAUGUAUGAAGCCAAAUCGAGUUACAUUCUUGAGUGUGUUAAAUGCUUGUAGUCAUGGAGGCCUGAUUGAUGAGGGGCUUGAGUUUUUCAGAAAAAUGGUGGACAAGUGUGGUGUUGUACCAGACAUUAAGCAUUAUGGGUGCUUGAUAGACAUGUUGGGUCGUGCAGGGAGGCUUGACGAAGCGGAAAAUAUGGCUUUGGAUAAUCCUAUGGAAAUGCUUCCUGGAAACAUUGAGGUGGGGGAGAGAGUCAUGCGGAAGAUACUGGGCAUGCAGAAAGACUAUGGUGGUGAGUAUGUGCUUUUGUCCAAUAUUUUUGCUGGUGCCAGUAGUAGGCAUUCUGAUUCUGAGAGUGUGAGAAGAGCAAUGGACGACCAAAAUGCCUACAAAAUUCCUGGCCUUAGUUUGGUCUGA